AUGCCACGCGUAUCGAAACAAAAAGAUCCAAAUGCACCCAAACGGCCAUUGUCUGCGUUUUUCAUUUUCUCACAAGAUGAACGACCAAAAGUCAAAUCUCAAAAUGCUUCAUUAUCCGUAGCUGAUGUUGCUAAAGUUAUCGGAGAAAAAUGGCGUUCGGCACCCGAAGAUCUAAAACGUCGAUAUGAAAAAGCGGCUAAGGAAGCGAAAGAACGCUAUGAACAGGAAUUAGAAGCAUACAAAAAAACAGCUUCGUAUGCACAAUCACUGCAACAACAACCAAAAGCUCGCGCUUAA